UAUGGCCGGUGAGCCUCGGGCGGGCCGUAACGGUUUUGCACAUUUUUGAAUAUACAUAUAUACCUGAAGAACUGCAAGCCAUGGCUGAGCAGGGUGAUACCGUAGCAGGCAGCUCACCUGUUGUUAAGGCCGACAAAUCCAACGAGCCCCAUGAGGAACAACAGUACCUGGACCUGAUCCGUCGCAUCAUCGAAACCGGCGUUCAGCGCGAUGACCGCACGGGAACCGGCACUCUCUCUGUGUUUGGCACCCAGAUGAGAUUCUCCCUUAGAGAUGGUCGUUUCCCACUGCUGACCACGAAGCGCGUGUUCUGGCGCGGCGUGGCUGAGGAGCUGCUGUGGUUCAUCCGCGGCAGCACGGACGCCGCCGAGCUGCAGCAGCGCGGCGUGCACAUCUGGGACGGCAACGGCAGCAGAGAGUUCCUCGAUCAUCUGGGCUUCACCGACCGCCGGGAGGGGGACCUGGGGCCCGUGUACGGGUUCCAGUGGCGACACUUCGGCGCCAAGUACCGCGGCCCCGACGCCGACUACACCGGCCAGGGCGUCGACCAGCUGGCCAGCGUCAUCCACGACAUCAGAACGAACCCGAACAGCCGCCGCAUAGUGAUGAGCUCGUGGAACGCGGCUGACCUGCCGCUGAUGGCGCUGCCGCCGUGCCAUUGCCUGGCCCAGUUCUACGUGGCCAACGGCGAGCUCAGCUGCCUGCUGUACCAGCGCGCGGCCGACAUGGGUCUCGGCGUGCCCUUCAACAUCGCCAGCUACGCCCUGCUCACCUGCAUGAUCGCCCACGUGACCGGCUUGAAGCCGGGCGAGUUCGUGCACUCCAUGGGUGACACGCACGUGUACCUGAACCACGUGGAGCCGCUGAAAGAGCAGCUGGCGCGCGAGCCUCGCCCCUUCCCGCGGCUGCGUUUCGCUCGCGCUGUCGACGACAUCCAGCAGUUCACCAUGGACGACCUUCAGCUGGAGGGGUACGAUCCGCACAAGAAGCUCUACAUGAAGAUGGCCGUCUGAGUGCACAAAGCUACGCCGGUCUGUGCUUGGAGGUGAUUGUCUGAAGGCCUUAAGAUCGAAACGGAGGUGGCGGUCAGGUAGAUUUAGGUCUGGUGGAUGGCGGGAGUUCAGGUUUAAGGGUGGAAGUGGUGGAUUACAGACACGCACCAGCUGCUGGAGAUGGCGAUGGGGUGAUGGCGGGGUAGGUGACCGCGAGUUCUCAGCAGACACGCACCAGAUGCUGCAGAUCGCGGUGGGGUGAUGGCAGGGUAGGUGACCGCGGGUUCUCAGCCUCAUAGAUGGCUGUGAACUGAUAUUGAGAGCUAGGGACGGUGCGUCGACGAACGCUUGUGCGUAGUUUCAAUUAUGCGCGAACUUUCAGCUCACGUGCCAAAAUACGGGGCAUGCGCCUCCUUUGUGUGCUUAGGCUCUGCUCUCAGGAUUUUUAAGGUUAAGUUUUAGGCCUAGCCAAAGGUUGCGACAGGCUUCAAAUUUUCGUUUUGAAGUACUUGAGCUGCCCUCCUGACCUUCAUUUUUUACGACCCGGAACCCGGUGGGAGAAGCUCCGAAGUAUUCUCAACCUACACUACGUUGUGAUAUAAAUAGGGGAUGCUUUUUACCAGGCAACUUUUUGUACUUUUUAUUCCUUUCUUCGAGGACACGUAUCAGCCCCGCUGUACCUUAUUGUCGAACAACAUCUCUCCAAACCGCGAGCGUUUGCGCGGCCAGUCAUCCCCAGUGUGCGUAACGUCUCGUGCCGGACUGGCGGCCGCAUUGUUUUUGGUGUUGUUCGUGAUGAAUACAUUUCCACGCUGCA